UCUGAUGUGUUGCACACACUGCUUGCAAUCGUAUUCGCCUACCUCAUCACCAAUUUCAUGAAAGACAGGGUUGAAAAAAUUGUUGCUGCUCAUACCGUGUUUCUGGGCUACCUCCUUGUGGCAUACUGGUUUGAAGAGUCAGAAAGUUACGACAUCAAUUGGACUACGCCUUUUUGUGUGCUUGUACUCCGAUUUAUAGGUCUAGUGAUGGAUGUCUACGAUGGAGAGCACAUGGCCACGCUAAAACCAGAUCAGAAGAAAACAGCUAUCCAAGAUGUCCCUGGAUUGCUUGAAAUUGCUGCCUUCGGUCUUUUCUACACCGGAACCUUUGCUGGACCUCAGUUCACCCUGAGCAGAUUCCGAUCGGUGGUCAGAGGCGAUUGGUUGGAUGAGAAACGGCAGCCUAGAGAAUCAGCGUAA